AUGGCACCAGGACUUGUCGUUGGAUUAAACAAGGGAAAGGCUUUGACCAAGCGUCAAUUGCCCGAGCGUCCUUCUCGUCGUAAAGGACAACAAUCGAAGCGUACUACUUUUGUUCGCUCUAUUGUCCGUGAGGUCGCUGGUUUCGCCCCCUAUGAGCGUCGUGUUAUGGAAUUGAUCCGUAACUCUCAAGACAAGCGUGCCCGUAAGCUUGCCAAGAAGAGACUUGGUACCCUCAAGCGUGCUAAGGGUAAAAUCGAGGAGCUCACCGGUGUCAUUCAAAGCUCUCGUUUGGCUCAUUAA